AUGUCUAAUCAAUCCAAAGAAUACUACGAAAACAUGAUAAAUUCAAUUAUACUGUCCAAGCUAUUUAUAAUUGAUCUACAUUCAAAUGGCUCAGAAGGGUCCUUAAUUGAUAUAUACUCUUUUAUCGAAAAGGGGCCUUCGUCAAGGAGACUUAUUAAGGAAUGGUUUCAAAGACAAGAGCUUCUUACAAAUAUUUCUGCUUUGGGUGCAUUAAGAACAAUUUUUGUUUUAUCAAAAUUCCAAAGUGAAGAAAUGGAUAAAAUUAUAAUAGAGCAGAUCUACACUGAUCAUUUUUCGAAUAAAAAAUCGAAUAAACAAUAUAAAAAUGUACUUGUGGAAGGUGGGGGGCCAAUUGGCCUAUAUGCUACUAUCAAGCUUUUUAUUGAAGGUAUGAAUGUAACUCUAAUAGAUGAUAGUCCUGACGAGUAUGCUCGCAAUCAUUUUAUUUUUGUUGAUCGGAAAUGGAUGUCAGAAUUACGAUACAUUUUGGGUACUGGAUUUGAUCAACUUUAUGUUGAAGAUAAAUCAUUGUUAAAAGACGUUAAUAAUGAUAUUGGUUUUAUUAUUAAAAGCAAAAAUUUGGAAACUGUGUUAAGGGAUAGGUUAAAUAAAUUAAUUGAAUAUGUAAAUAAUCAUGAAGGAAACCAAGAGGCAAAGCAUGACGGAAAAUCAUUUUUGAGAAUUCUUAACAACACAGAGAUUGUUGACAUUAAUUUGAUACAGGAAAAGCCUGUGCCAAAAUUUUGGCACAGGAAGAACAAUCUGGCACAGGAAAAGCCGAUGGCAAUUUUGAGAAAAACCGGUGAAAUAAAUAAUUUUGACAAUAUUUUACCGCAAAAACAAAAAACAUCCUUUUUUAAAAAAUUGAAAUCAAAAUUAAAUUUUAAAAGUAAAAGUAAUAAAAAUAAAAAGGCAAUCCUCAAACUCGAGAAAGAUACCUUAAAAGAUAAUAAAAUAAUUAAAAACGAAAUUAAUGAUUUAAAAGGAAAAUCAAAUGAAACACUAUAUGGAUUUGAGGUUCAAGGAAUUACAUUUGAUUUAUUUUUUUGUGCAGAUAGUGUUAAUGACAAUAUUCGAAAUAAAUUUUUAGGUAAAUUUUAA